CCUCCCGGUCCCGCCCGCCCGCCCGCGGCCUCCUCGGGACCAUGGCGAUGGGCUGCUAGCGGAGGAGGAAGCAUGCUGGCCGUCCGCUGCGCGCUGCUCACCGCCCUGCUGGCCGCGCCGGGGGCUGCGGCGGCCCCGGGGCGCUGCUCCGCGCUGGAGGUGGAGAGCCAUGUGCUGGCCAGCAGGCCCGGUGCCAACGUCACCCUGACCUGCCCCGGCGGCAAACCGGGGGGCAAUGCCACGGUUCACUGGGUGCUGGGGAACCCGGCGACAGUCUCGAGCCACGACAGAUGGGCUGGAUGGGGGAGGAGGCUGCUCCUGAGGUCCGUGCAGCUCAACGACUCCGGGAACUAUUCGUGCUACCGGGACGGCCUCCCGGCUGGAACCGUGCGCCUGCUGGUGGAGGGUCCUCCAGAGGAGCCCAAACUCUCCUGCUUCCGGAAGAGCCCCAUCAGCAACGUCAUCUGUGAGUGGAACCCUCAGAGCCCCCCUUCCCGGAGCACCAGGGCCAUGUUGUUGGUGAGGAAGUUCCAGCAUGGUCCGCCGGAAGACUCCCAGGAGCCGUGCCAGUAUUCCCAGGAGUCCCAGAAGUUCUCCUGCCAGCUGGCCGUCCCCGAGGGAGACAACUCUUUCCACCUUGUGUCCCUGUGCAUCGCCAACAGUGCUGGCGGCAAGUCCAGCAGACCCUACACAUUUGAGGGUUACGGAAUCCUGCGACCUGACCCACCCGUCAACAUCACGGUCACCGCCGUGGACCGAAACCCCCGCUGGCUCACUGUCACCUGGCGAGACCCGCCCUCCUGGAACUCAUAUUUCUACAGGCUGCAGUUCGAGCUGCGAUACCGGGCGGAACGGUCCAAGACAUUCACCACAUUGAUGGUCAAGGAGCUCCAGUAUCGCUGCACCAUCCGUGAUGCCUGGAGUGGCAUGAGGCAUGUGGUGCAGCUGCGCGCCCGGGAGGAAUUUGGGCACGGCCUGUGGAGCGAGUGGAGCCAGGAGGUCCUGGGCACCCCCUGGACAGAACCCACGAGUUUUUCAGCUGCGACCACGGCGGAGGUGUCUUCCAUGAAGGCACCUACUACCAACGGAGACGAUGACAACAUCUCCUCGAACUAUCCUGCCAAUACGACAAGCUUCCCAGUGCAAGAGCCUCCAGUACCCCUGUACACGUUCCUGGUGGCUGGAGGAAGCCUGGCCUUCGGAACGCUCCUCUGCGUUGGCAUUGUCCUGAGGUUCAGGAAGACGUGGAAGCUGCAGGCCCUGAAAGAAGGCAGGACGAGCAUGCACCCACCGUAUUCUUUGGGACAGCUGGUCCCCGAGAGGCCGAAGCCCACCCCGGUGCUGGUCCCCCUCAUCUCCCCGCCGGUGUCCCCCAGCAGCCUGGGGUCGGAUAACACCUCGAGGCACAGCCAACCCCAUGCCAGCGGCCCACAGAGCCCGUAUGACAUCAGCAACAGAGACUACUUCUUCCCCCAGUAGCUGGCUGGCUGCCUGGCGCCUGGCCGGCUGGGGUGUCAGACCUGCUGAAAUGUGUGACGGUGUGACAAGCAGCUUCUCACCGUCGUCUCAGCUCAUCUCAGGUGUGUGGGCCUCUGGCUGCGCUGUCACCGCGGGGCCUCACAGCAGGUUCUAUGCUGGGUGAGCACAGGUGUGCUGGCCUGUUCCGAAGGAAGAGGUGGUUGAGUUUUUGGACCCCUCUUCCCCACCGCCCUGCCUGCAGGGGUUCCAAUGAACGCGGGCCCCGUGCAGGGAGCACUGUCGAGUCCACUGGACACUCGGGUGGGCAGAGCCGGGCGUCUGCGGAGGCCUCGGACCCUGGGCUUCGUGUGGACAAGCUGCAGGCCCCCGGCUCACCUGACCUGGCUCCACACGCCGCACCCUCAGGAGGUGGGAUGGAUUCCAGCCAAAGACACCCCCCACCUCGAGUCGCCUGUCUCCUGCCCCACUGCACAGUUUCACCUUCUAGCUCAAACUCUUGCGGCCCAAGUGCCUUUGCAAUUCAGUUUCUUCGGUCGCCCCGGCUGGGGGAGCUCCCGACUGCCUUUCCUCUCCUCCCCACGCUGGAUACAGCGGCAGGGGCGAGAAGAGCAUCUCAGGACCAGGUGGUUUGAAGUGGAGUUGCAGUGAGCUCCUCGUUAGCAGCAUUCUGCUCAAUGUGAAUGUUAACCCUCAGCACCUGCUGAACCCAGAAGCCACUGCACUGACUCAGUUUCCCUCUCUGGAUCCCAGGGCUUCAGGAGGAGAGAAGCAGAGAGGAAGUAGGGGCGUGGGGACAGGCUCUGAAAACCACUAUUCUCCUCCCUCCUUUGCCCCCCCCCCGGCCCCCAAAAGGAGGACGGCAUUGGGGGAGGGCUCCCGCCAUUGCGGGGAGACCGAACUGUUGGACUCAAAAUGUUAAUUUAGUUUUCACCUGAGCCUGAGUACUGAGGAGGGAACAUAUUCAUGUGAAAAGACAGAAGAACCCGGCAAGAAUGUAUGUUAAUUUGGUCUUUAAAGGGGUGCUGAUCGCUUUUCCCUGAGAGCCUGGAAGGUCCGUGCUAGCUGGGGGUCUGUAGGUAAAUAGCUCGGGGAGAAGCCGUCCUCUGUUUGGCACAAAACUGAGUCAGAUGGGAAAGAGGAGGAGAAAAAAAGAAUGAUUUUCCCCUUAGAGAAGAGACUCUGGUUUCAUUCUAAAUUUUGUUUUUGUCUUAAAAGUGAAAUUGCCUGCUUCUCUAAUUUAAGGGAAGAGCAGCUUGGGACUGCUCCCCCCAGCGGUGGGGAAGGCCCUGGUGUCCAGCUUCCGGGCUGGUGUUGGGAAGUGGCCUCCCACGGCUACCAAGCAAGGUCAGUUGCCAAACCCCCACCCCUGACAGCCAGGAGCCCUGGUUAUCCGGGGGCAGGAGGGUUCAUGGCCCCCUGCCUCCCCCCCCCCCACCAACCCAUGCCUUCCUCUUCUUCUUUAGUUCCUUGAAUGUGAUUCAGUUCAGCUCAAUGUCUAGCCGUGAUUCUGAGACUCUCCCACUUCAGCUCACUUUUCUGUCCGGGCUUUGAAAGUUCAGUGAUGAGAGGGGUCCCCCAGACAAGUGCCCUCCAGCAGCACGGGGUGUCCCGGAAUGAGGCUGUGAUUCAAAUCUGUUGGGUAACCGAGGACCAAACAUUUUACCAGACCACAGCCUUUUCUAGGAGCCGGCCCUUUCGGAAAAACAGCCACCAGCACCAGGCAGGUGGCAAAGGGUGACCAUGACCAUGCCUUGUACUUGCGGUUUGCUGGGUUCACACUGUUACUAUGUUGGGCAAGGGGUGAUUUUCAUUGCUGGCUUUGACUCACGUUUCAGACCCCAUUGCUGCCUUAGACAACUCUCGUAAGUUUGACGGAAGGCAGGCAGGUGUGUGUGUGUGUGUGUGUGUGUGUGUUUCUUUGAGGACAGCAAAAAUGCUGUUAAAGGGAAAUAUUUUUUUAAAAAAAGAGAGAGACUGCCUGAGAAAGGGUGAUUCUGCCCACGGUUCUUUAACUCUUUGUAAAGGUUUUAACCACAAGCACUGUUACCAAAGCCGGAGGAGACGUGCUAGUGGAAGAUGUGAAGUCAGAUAGCUCAUGAUUACCGAGAGCGAGGCGGCUUUCAUCUCCAAAUUGUUAUUGCUUUCGUUAUUAUUGUAACGGAACUGCUUUUUGUUUUAUUAAUUGAAGAGGGUUGUUUUUUUUUCCCCCCCUUUACAUCUUUAUAAGCUAGUGUACAUGAAGGAAAAGUGUUUGUCUUCUCUGGGUUGUGGACGUUGCUCAGUGGACACAGGUGUACACCCUAAGCUUUCUCUGACCUCGGAUCUGUGGUCCGUGACCCUGUAUUUUCAACCCACUGAUCAUUCUCACCUGUGUUUCUGCAGCUCACGUGCUGCCUUUUAUCCUCAACGAUGAUGCCCCUCACCCAAUACCCGCAGCAAUCUGCCACGGCCAGAUGCGAAAGGUUGGCACGCUGACAGUCGAUAUUACACAUGACAGCUUAUCCUUCUGGGCUGGAAACGUUACAAAUAUGCGGGUUCAAGGUCUAAAGUGGUCAUUAAUUCUUGUAGCAUUAAGAAACUAUUGGUUCAGAUGUCAAGGGGGUAGCAUUGGCUGUGUCUACGAAGCCAUUGGUAACUCAGAGAGCCCUUUGCUCGGAUGGGGCCCAGGCCGGGCUCGUUUUCUGCCAGGCUCUGGGCUCACUCUGUGUUGAUGUCCCUGCUCUCCUGGGGAGAGACGGUGGGGGCAGGAAACACCCUCAUCAUAUGUGGAAUCUGCUGCUGCGACUGGGGCGGGAGUCCACCUGGUGGCGAACAGAGCCCAGGGGAGCGGGCGGGUGUGAUCGUGGUGUGUGGGUCUCCUGCAGAACGUCCAGGAAUGUCUUGCCCUGCUGCUGGGUGCUGAGCUAUAUUGCCCCCGCUAAGGUUGACUCCGCUGGGGAGGAAGCUGGCAUCCAGCUCCAGGUGGAGUUAGUGAGAAAUUUACCUUAAUUUGGAGAAGCAGGGGCAACUGUUGGUCUUUCAGACCAUGAGGAUGGAGCCCCAUGUGGGCGGCCGGGCUGUGACCGGAAGGCCUCCUGGCUCGGGUCCUGCCAGCAUCAUGUGCGCUUGGGUGCUAGCGCAGGUGUGUUUCUAUGGCAACCUUAAUGAUUUUUGUAUUUGCUAAUUUUUAUUUUAUUUUUUUCAAUUUCGGCUGGCAUUCAAUAUUAUUUUGCAGCCUUAAUGAUUAUUAAGGAACAUUGUCAGUUUUAUGAACAUAUGCUCAAACCAAGAUCUGUUUUAGAAGGAAUGGAUUGGAACAGCAUGUAGCAAGGCUGUUAAUUAAUAGAGAAACCAUCUUUGGGUGGCAAUCACACAACUGUUAAAUACCUCAACUUUUCUUUUGGAGAUGAGAAUAAUAGUUUUAAGUUUUUAUUUUUUUACUUAAUUAGCUAAAAGCAAAUACCACAAAGGCUGAUGUCUGUAUAUGGGGCAAAGGGUCAGUAUUAUAUGUAUUUCAAUGUGUGUGUGUGUGUGUGUGUGUUUAUCAGCUAUUUUGCAUUUAAAGUGAAAAUUGUGUUUGAAAUAAAUGAUUUCUAAAACUGU